AUGGGUCGCGUUCGUACCAAGACUGUCAAGAAGUCCGCCAAGGUCAUCAUUGAGCGGUACUACCCCAAGUUGACUCUCGACUUCGAGACCAACAAGCGCAUCUGCGAUGAGAUCGCCAUCAUUGCCUCCAAGCGCCUCCGCAACAAGAUUGCCGGCUACACCACUCACUUGAUGAAGCGUAUCCAGCGUGGCCCCGUCCGCGGUAUCUCCUUCAAGCUGCAGGAGGAGGAGCGUGAGCGCAAGGAUCAGUACGUUCCCGAGAUCUCCGCUCUCGACUUCACCCAGAACUCCGAGAGCGGUCAGCUCGACGUCGACACCGAGACCAAGGACCUCCUCAAGCACCUCGGCUUCGACUCCAUCCCCGUCAACGUCAUCCCCGUUACCCAGGCCCAGCCUGUCGAGCGCGGCCGCCGCUUCGGUGGUGACCGUCCCCGCCGCGACUAA